UAAGUCCAGUUAGAGAAUAAAAUACUCCAUGUGUUAGUGAAGAUUUUAUAAAUUUCAUGGGUUUUCCACUCCAUUUCAUUCUCCAGCUCCUCAUGCUUCCCAUUUGGGUACAAGGAUCAGAUUCUCCAUACAGAAUAAAAUACAAAAAUAACGAAACAGCUGUAUUUGGAGAAAAUGUGACCAUCUUCUGCAAUUUAACAACUCCAGCAGAUGUUGUGCAAAUUACCUGGCAGAAGAUUCAAGGUUCUUUGCCACAAAAUAUUGGCACAUAUAGCAGUAUAUAUGGAGAAAAGAUUCUUCCACCAUACAGAGAUCGGCUGCACUGUGAGGUCAUCGAACCCAAUUCCUCAUUCAUAACUAUCCGUGAAGUAACAUUUGAAGAUGAAGCCUGCUAUAAAUGUCUAUUUAAUGUGUUCCCACACGGCAGCCAUGGUGGACAAAUCUGCCUUAACAUUAUAGCUGUAUCUGAAUUAAAAACUGAACUCCAGUCUAAUCUUGACUCUGAAGAUUUUCUUAGAUUUAUUUACUCAGCUGUGGGAAAACCUGUUCCUCAAAUAUCUCUUUUCCCAUCACAAGUCUUGAUUAAUCCACCAAAGGAAUACUUUGCUCAGAACCCAAAUGGCACGGUGACUAUCACUAAAAUGUACAACAUCUCCUUGGAGACUGUGAGGUCCCUAGGUCUCCAAUAUCUGACUGUGCGCAUGGAUCAUCCUCUAAGGAAUGAAGAAAAGAUUGUUCCAUUGUCAGUCAAACAAGAAUGUACUUCUGGUUCUUCUUUUUGGUUGCGUACAGUUGGUCCACUCAUAAUUUUGUUAUGUAUUUCAUUGAUCAUUGUCCAUCUUGUCCGGAGAAAGAAAAAGUCAGAGAAUGCCCUUAAAACCACACCCCAGCUCAGACAGCCUGAUGUGGAAUCCUUAGUGAGCCACUCUCUUCCUGCACACAGGUAAUUGAGCCAAGAACUCUGGAACCUGCUAAAAUAAGAAGAAUCUUCCUCGCCAAACAAGUGGAAGGAAACUCCUCCAUGUAAGAAGACAAAUAAACCAACCAACCA